AUGACGACAAUUCCACAGAAAGACCAGAUCGAGCGCAAGAUUACUCCAAAUGCACGCCUGUACUAUGCAAGAGAUUGGAUAUCCCAGCCAGUCGUGGCCGCCUUUUGUGCAGGUGGUGUUGCUGGUGCUGUGUCAAGAACAGUCGUGUCACCUCUGGAGCGAUUAAAGAUCCUUUUCCAAGUCCAGAGUGCAGGGCGAGAUGCCUAUAAGCUCUCUGUUGGCCAGGCUCUUGGUAAGAUGUGGAGGGAGGAGGGUUGGCGAGGGUUUAUGCGAGGCAAUGGCACCAACUGCAUUCGCAUUGUUCCAUACUCGGCCGUUCAGUUUGGAAGUUACAAUUUCUACAAGAGGACCAUCUUUGAGCCUUACGCCGGAGGCGAAUUGACUCCCCUUCUGCGCCUUACCUGCGGUGGACUUGCUGGUAUCACCUCCGUUAUCUUUACCUACCCCCUGGAUAUUGUCCGUACCCGUUUGUCCAUCCAGUCUGCAUCCUUUGCCGAGUUAGGCGAGCGCCCUAAGAAGCUCCCUGGCAUGUGGGCUACGCUUAUCCACAUGUACAAGACGGAGGGUGGUUUUCUUGCGCUGUAUCGCGGAAUCAUUCCAACCGUUGCUGGAGUCGCGCCUUAUGUCGGCCUCAACUUCAUGACAUACGAGUGGGCUCGAAAAUACCUGACUCCCGAAGGCGAAGAGAAUCCCAACGCUGUGAGGAAAUUGGCAGCAGGUGCGGUUUCUGGGGCUGUCGCGCAGACAUGCACGUAUCCCUUCGACGUGCUGCGGAGGAGGUUCCAGAUCAACACCAUGUCUGGAAUGGGCUACCAAUACAAGUCCAUCGGAGACGCAAUCAGGGUCAUCAUCACCGAAGAAGGUAUCGUUGGCCUUUACAAGGGAAUCAUCCCUAACCUGCUGAAGGUGGCGCCAAGCAUGGCCUCGAGUUGGCUCAGUUACGAGAUUUGCCGUGACUACUUGGUGUCGUUGAAGCCUGCUGAGGAGACGGAAGCGAUAUAG